GGUCUUGUUUUCUUCGGGUUUAAAAGAACGGCAGUUGAGGAGCGGCGUUAACGGUUGUCGGGCAGCCGGCGUGGGCGAGGCGGUGGCCAGUAAAUUCAUGAACAUUUUGAAGCAAUAUUACUUGCUAGAAGAUAUUACAGAAUAAUCUGUUUUAAACCACCUUUAUACUUGGAUCCUCCAUUUCUAAGCUGGCCAAAGAGCAAAAGGUAUCUUUUCCAGGUAUUCAUACUAAUUUGUGACCAAAUUAAGCCCUACUUGCAACCUGUUAAUAUUGUUUGUUCAAGGGCAUCUAGAGCACACCUUCAAUUAAGCAAUGCCAUUCAUCAGGACCCCACGUCAUGGUGUUCUGGAAUGAGUGCAAGGAGUUCCGAUCCUAAUGGCAUUCCAGAGCCCCUUAAAGACCUGCUUCUUCUCCCAGUCAUGGGCUAGAUUGGUGGGAAUAUGAUAUGCUUAUCUUCUUGGCUAGCUCUGCCAUCUUGUUAUUGUUCUCAUUUUCCUAUAUUUAUUAUUUAUUUUUAUAUUGUGAAUUGCCCAGAGUUGGAAGUCAGGAAGUAUGAAGUUGAAUUAAAUAAGAUUUUUUUUAAGCUGUUCUAAGGGAGAAGUGGUUAAAAAGAAAAGCAAAACAAAACAACACAAAUUUAUUUCAUUAGAGCGUGCAUCAUUUUGCUGUUAUUAUUUAGAAAAUGGGUAAUGCAAAAAUCACAAGAUAAUUUAAAAGGAAAGCUGAAAUGGUGAUAGUUACUGAAUGUACAGAGGUAGGAAAAAGGACUUAAAGAGCAUUGAGAAAUAAAUAAGUACUGUUGUACAUUCCUUCUUAGACAUAUAUUCCUUCAGAAAUAAACUCCAUCCUUGCUCUUUAGAAAUAAUUGCAGCAACUUAUCAAGCUGUUAGAGUUACUACACUCUACUUACUUUUCCAGUCCAGGCACAGGGGGCGUCUUGCUUUGUGACCCUGAAGUCUGCCCUACCGCCACCUCAAACACCCCCCCCCCCAAAAAAAAAUCCCAUCUCUAGGAGAGGAAGGGAUUGGGAAUUAAUAACUACCCCAACUGAGAGAAGCAAUGCAAGCCCUGAUACGACCCAACCGAUACAGAUGGAAGUCUAUGAACAGGGAAGAACGGCUCAAAGAAGCUGCCAUGGACUUUAUUCGCAUGUGUGCAGAACAGGGUGAGGGUGAUAGCCCGAGACAGCUUCAAGCGGCCCCUCAGCUGGACCCCUACCCGAGAGCCUCGGUGGCCUCAGUGGCCAGACCUAUGCUUCCUACAAUGAUCAGGCAAGGUCCGACCCAAUCCAGCUUCCAGUCAGACAACCAGUCAGAGAAUUCCAGAGUUUCUAAGAAACCUGUGAUGAAAAGGAAAGUUCUAAGGCGAACGCCUGAUGGAGAAAUGCAAGUGACAGAUGAAUCUAUCAUUAGUGAAACAGAAUCCAAUAAUCCUAGUGUCCAACAAUCCAGUCCUGAAUGUGAGAACUUAAAUCAGAGAAUGUACCUUCAGAAUGCUCAGGAAAAGGAGGAAGAGUGUAAUGAGGAGAACCAGCCCCAAAGUUCCCCUGGGUCAGUCUAUUCCUGGAGUCCUUCUGAGGAAAGCCAGAAUCAGUGUUCCCGAAAAGCAAGCCAGAGCCUCAGCUCUUCGUCCUUGGAGCAGGAGAUCAUCCUAACUGGCCACCCCAAGUCUUUCAUAUUACCAAAGUUGGAGCAGCAGCUCAGUCGGAACAGAAUGAAGACUGAUCGGGUUGCCCGUUACCUGGAACACAAGCACGACUGGGAAUCCUUGCGGCUCCCAGGAGAAGACCCCAGGAAAGAUGUGCGCUGGAGCAUUCGGGAACAGAUGCUCUGCAAGUCAGAAUUGCCUCCUAAACCGGCUCAGCCUGUUUAUAUUCCCAACAAUUAUGUGGUGCCUACAGAGAAGAAGAGAUCUGCCCUGCGCUGGGGAAUACGCUGUGACUUGGCUAACGGUGUGGUGCCUAGAAACAUCUAUUCCUCCUAAGAACCUGGAAUCUUUAAAAUGUCAUAUACAGAAGAAUUUAGUAGAUCCCAAAGAGCUAGCUCUACCUCAAAUAUGCAGCUAAGCUAUUUUUAUUUAUUUCCAAUUCCAAAUGCCACUCAUUUAAUCUUCAAGAUCUAUCUUGGAUCUGAAUGCCUACUUUCUUGCAAAAGAUUUUUUAAAAGCUACCAUUGUUUCAGAUCAUAUUAUUUGAAUGUACAUAUUACCUUAUAAAAAGACAGGCAGAAGAUGAAUCAAAAUCUACUGAAAGGAUCCUUGUUUUUUCCCCAAGAUACUUCAUACACAUUCCCUCUUUGAACUCCUAUGCUUUUAAAAAGUUUUAAUUUGUGGAUGUAUAGAUUAAAUUAAAUUUAUGAAGUGAAA